AUGGCUUACCCUCAAGAGACAUUCGUUCGGACGUCGCUAGACCCAGGAUCUUUGAUCGCCCAGAGGCGUGAAGUCGUGGCCUCCAAGACCCUGGUAUACCAGCUGGAGGUGUUGAAGAAGACGGGAAGAUACGAUGCGUUUAAGCUGCAGUGGCAUCCUUCAUACGGCGACACCCCUAACGUCUGGCCAAUACCAAACCAUCUCUUCUGGGAUUCGGACAUUGGCAAAUGGAUCGAGGGAGCGUGCUAUCUUCUGCAUGAUCAGUCGAAUCCUGAGGUUCAGGCGGCAGUCGAAGAGCUUACUCGAAUGAUCAAUUCCGCGCAGCAACCGGAUGGUUACCUAAACAUUCACUAUACGGUUGUGGAACCUGGAAAGAGAUUCACCAAUCUGCGGGACUUCCACGAACUAUACAACGCCGGGCAUCUCAUCGAGGGAGCUCUUGCGCACCAUCACCUCUAUCAGAAUGACGACCUCCUCAAGCCAAUACUGAAGUAUGUUGACCUUCUAUGUCGGAAGUUCGGGCCCAAUGAAGGUCAGAUCCAUGGAUACCCAGGUCACCCCGAGAUCGAGCUCGCUCUUCUUCGACUUUACAAUCGUACCAAGAAUGCCAAGCACCUCGAGCUGGCGAGAUACUUCAUAUCCGAGAGAGGAAAUCCUGCUGGCGAUGGCGGUGAGCACUAUUACCACGCCGAGGCGAAGCGGCGAGGCGAAGAGCGGCACGUCAGAAUGGCAUACUGGGGCGAAGCUGAUGCUCUCUGGUAUUAUCAGGCUCACAAGCCCAUCAUUGAACAGCAGACCAUUGAAGGACACUCUGUGCGCGCCAUGUAUCUUCUGACAGCAGCUGCAGACUUGGUAGGAUUAGGUAAGGCUCCUGACGAACGCCUGAAAGCCGCUAUUGACCGCCUUUGGAACAACAUGGUCGAAUGCAAGAUGUAUGUGACUGGAGGCAUUGGCGCAAUGAAGCAAUGGGAGGGGUUCGGACUCAAUUACUUCUUGCCCCAGGGCACCGAUGAAGGCGGCUGCUAUGCCGAAACGUGUGCAGCUAUUGGGGUCAUGAUGCUCGCAGAGCGCAUAUUGCAAUACGAUCUUGACCGUCGAUUCGGUGACGUGAUGGAGUUGUGUCUGUACAAUGCCAUGUUGACGGCCAUGUCGUACGAUGGCAUAAAAUUUACCUAUGUCAAUCAGCUGGCGUCAAGCGACAAGGAUCCCUCGAAGCGAGAAGAGUGGUUUACUUGCGCCUGCUGUCCGCCGAACGUGCUGAGACUACUGGGACAGAUUGGAGGGUACAUAUACUCACACAAUCUCGAGCGCAGCGGAGAAGAGCAGAUCAAUGUUCACUUGUAUAUCCCUAGCGAAUACAAGUUCAAAUCUUCUGCCGACAACACGCCUGCGAUUUUGACUCAAAAGAGCAACUGGCCGUGGAGUGGAAAAGUCGAAUUUGAGCUUCAAGCAGGAGAGUUGGCGCAGAUCCGUUUGGCUCUCAGGAUACCGGGAUGGGCCAGAUCAUGGAAGAUCACCCCAUCACCACCUGCCACUGCGCUGGAGAAGGGAUACCUCAUUCUCCCUGCCAGCUGGGUAUCCGCAAAUCGAAACUUCAUGCUUGAAGUCGAGAUGAUGCCCAGGCUUGUCGCUCCCCACCCGUACACCAAUCAAGAUACUUUGGCUCUGGCCCGCGGUCCAGUCAUAUACUGCGUCGAAGACAUGGACAACCAGUGGGUCAAAGACCACUUCAAGAGCGUCCAGCUGGAUCCGGCGUGCGCAGUUCACGAGGAGCUUGUGACUGACAAGACAACCGGUGACACAUACGUUGCACUCACAGUUGCCAAGGGAGCAAGUCUGCUCAGGACUGAGAACAUACAUGCCCGUCCUGGAGUUGAAGUCAGCGCGCUGGAUAAUGUGGCGCGCUCCGAGGAUGGUGUCAUCGAUGAAUUGAAAUUUGUCCCGUACUUUUUCAGAGCCAACCGCGGUGGGCGUGGACAGGCGAGAGUGGGAUUGAGGAGAUGGAAUAGAUAG